UUAUUAGUUUAGCAUUCGCAAACGUGAGAGGCUUUAGUCCUGAUGGUGCAGUUGUUUCUUCACAACCGCAGUCAGUAUCAUCCCCAUUAACAUUAAAUAAUAAUUUAUAUAUUUUUAAUACACAAAAUUACACAUGGGUUAAUACUUUUGAUGCAUCAAAUAUAUAUGGGAAUUCAACAAACUUAAAUGAUUCAAUUUCAUAUGGUGAAAGAAUUGGUGUUGGUAUAACUGUAUUAGUUAUUGUUAUUAUUAUCGUGGUAGGUGGAGGAUAUAUAUAUUAUAAAAAAUUUUGUAAUCGCAAAAUUUCUAGAUCUACUAGCAUGUCAAAUAUAUAG